AUGAACCGCGAGCUGGUUUUCUGGAAGACAUGGAGGUAAUUGUAAUUGGUUCUUACCAAAUCCUUACCAAAACAUGUAGGGAUGGAUAUAUUGUUUAGUUAUUAUCCUUCCUUGCUCAUAUUAGUGAGAUCAGCAGAGUGCCAUCCUUUGCAGCUUAAACUUGGAAGCUAAGACAACCCAUUUCUACCCCUUAAAAACAACUAUCACACGCACUGUUUUGUGAAGAUGUAAAAGUAGUAUUUGCUUAAACAGUCUAAGAGUGGACCAGUGUAGUGUAGUGGUUAAGAGCGGUAGUCUUGUAAUCUGGUGAACCGGGUUCGUGUCCCCACUCCUCCACAUGCAGCCGCUGGGUGACCUUGGGCUAGUCACACUUCUCUGAAUUCUCUCAGCCCCACUCACCUCACAGAGUGUUUGUUGUGGUGAAGGGGUACAGUUAGGGUUACCCCAGAAAGCCCUAAAAACUGUUUGUGAAUUCCCCCUCCCCAGCCAGGCCUCGGAGUAUGCAUUUUAAAAACUACAUUUUCCUCUAAGACAAAAAGCAUGAGCUAAGCAGUCCUCUCUGUAACAAAAACGCUGUAACAAACCCAGAGCUGAGAACAGUAAAGCUUUUCGCUUCCCAGAUCCAAGAUAACCUUGUCCUGGUACAUUGAUUUGCAACAUACUUCCGGGAACAGAGUCAGAGAACGAAAAGCAACAUUUCUAUGUAAGAAUCUGUGAAGGGGGAGAGGAAAAAAGGGGUUUGAAAAAAAGGAUAAAACCUGCUUGUAAAAUGUUUUCGGCGCGCCUGUCUUUUGUGAAUUGAAUCACACAGGUGCCUCUGCCCCCCCGGAUGGCAGAAUAAAACGCUCUUUCUCUGGAUUAACCCCUUGGUGUCAUUUGGCUCCUUUUGUCUCUGCUCGGGUGCAACAAUUAUUCCUACCCAUGGAUUAAAAAGGCUACAUAUUUCUGGUGCAUCGGCCGGGAAAAAGCACGUUCCCCGAGAUCGAGGGACAAAAAGGUCCAGGGCGUCACUGCAAGGCGAGCAGCUUGGGAUCCCGGGUCAACAGUUCCAGCGUGCAUCCUGCCAACUUCGUGGGAGGGACUGUCCACCCGUUCCUGAGUGGACACGCAACAAGUGACGGAGAGAAAGAGCAACGGCCGUGCAGAAAGAAGGUACCUCGAGGAACAAGGUAGGCUCCACAGGGUAUAGGUGGGAGCAAGCUCCACAGGGUUAGGUGGGAGCACAAAGAGAGUUUGAUCAGCUCCGCCAGCAGGAUAGAAGAAGUGCCACUGGUUUUGGUGUCGCCCAGAAAAAGCAGCAAAAAGGGUGCUGCUGGGCCCCGGUCGAAGUCUAAGCGCUGCCAGUUGUGGUUGGUUGUUGGUUUUGUGCCCAGAAGAAGCAGAAAACAAAGGUGCUCUUGGGCCCCGGUAGAAGUCGUGAAGCGCUGCCGGUUGGUUUUGGUACAAAGGGGAUUGAGGGAGGUGCAUGGGUUUCUGAAUGUGCGUGUGGGGACACUCCAGUGAAUGUUUUGAGUGUGUGAGACGUUGGAAGCAACGUCUGGCCUGUGACUGAGUGAAAAAAUAGCGUUAGGAGGGCUGAGUGUCCCAGUGUCCCCAGGAUCCCAGAGUCAUGGGAAAUAAAAGCAGUAAAACAAUUCUUGAGACACCACUACAGAGCUUUCUGGAAAACUGGAAAAGUGCCACGAAAGCAGAAGAGUGGGGAUGUAAACUCAAAAAAAGCAGACUCCAACAUUUAUGUGAAGUUGACUGGCCUUCGUAUUUACCAGAAUGGCCUCCUGGAGGAUCCUUUGAUCCAAACUUGGUCAACAUUUUAUGGAGUAACAUUUUCAAGGUUCACACAGAUCAGAUUCCCUAUAUUUCUAUCUGGAAAGCCAAUAUGGAUCAAAAUCCCUCAUGGCUUCGGAAAAAUAGAAUUGUGACUGCCCAAGUCAAACUGUGUUCAGUACAAUUACAAGUUAAGAAGCCACCAGUUUUGACAGUCCUGGAAGAGGAGAUAAUUACCCCCCCACCACCAUAUGCAGCAACUGCGCCAAGGCAACCAAAUCUGGGAGCAAAUAGGGCUGCUUCUCCGCCCAAUGUCCAGACUGAGGACCCAAAUGAGAAGAUUCCCCCCUCUGCCCCUCCCCAACCCCCAUGUGAUGCAAGCAAGGAAGGUGAAGAGAAAGGUGAUGAUGAUGAUGAUGAUUUCAGAAAAACUCUAGAUAAAGAGAUAAGAUGGACUAGUAAGCAGUCUGACAGAGUGUUCCAGUAUGUAGAACCGUUUAAAACAGAACUGGAUGUGGCCCCCUGGGUUCUAGAAGCAGCCCAGUGCCAGGAUGAGAAUUGGAGAAAAAAGCAAAAGGUUUUGAGAACAGCAUGGGACAGGGCAACAAAACAUGCAGAGACACUUAAAUCUAAGGCUUUGUCCAAACCCACUGUGGUGGCCCCUCUCAGGCAAGUGUAUGAUCCUUUGGAACAGCCAAAUGAUCAGGGUGUUAGACCCCCAAGGACCUUUACCAUUCAACAUGUCCCUUUUACAAGCUCCGAUAUUUGCAAUUGGAAAAAUCAAAAUCCUUCUUUUGAGGAAAAUCCUGCAAAAAUAAUUAGACUUUUUGAAGGUGUGUUCAAAACCUAUAUGCCUACAUAUGAUGAUGUAAGUCAGCUUUUGGACACAAUUCUUUGUUUUUUUGUUUUUUAAAAAAAAUAUUUUAUUAAGGAUUUCUUGUUUUACAGAAGUGUUUUUGGACACAAUUCUGACCACUGAGGAGGUCCGCAAGGUAAAUGCCUGUGCCAGGGAACAGCUCAAGGCAGCAAAUAAUACUGACGCUGCAAUUGAGGUCUCUUACCCCAGGCGGACCCCCCCUUGGGAUUACAAUACUACAGAGGGAAGGGUGACCUUAGAGACUUAUCACAAAAAUGUUUUAGAAGGCAUGAGACGGGCAGCAAAAAGGCCUACAAAUAUGGCGAAAUUAUCUGAGAUUUUUCAGCUGCCCAAUGAGCCUCCAGGAGUAUUUUUGGAAAGAUUAAAAGAGGCAUUCCGCAAAUACACCCCCAUAGACCCUGAUGAUGAUGCCCAAGAGAUGAUUGUAAAAACCACCUUUGUGAUGCAAGCAGCUCCUGACAUAAGACGUAAAAUUCAAAAAAAUGAGAAUUUUAUGGGAAAUCGACUUGAAUGGAUGUUAACCCUUGCACAGACCACUUAUAAUCAGAGGGUGAAGAAACAGAAAAGCAGAGAGAAAAAUACCAGGCCAAAAAAUUAAUGGCACUAAGAGCUGGCCAGCAGCCAGACAGCCAGAAACAAGAAGCUCAUGGGAGGGGAAGAAGACGCCUAGGGAAGAAACCACUGCGCCAUCUGCAGACAAGAGGGUCACUGGGAAAUGGAAUGCCCACAGGCCCCAUGCCCGACACACCCCACCCCCACAGGCUGGGAACAAUAAGAUUUCUCAAAAAUGAUUUCUUCUCAUCUCUGUUCUUGCUGAAAGACUGUUGCAGCUAGAAGCGAGUGAAUUAACUGUUUCUAACAUUCAUUCAUGCAAGUAACAGGACACCAGCUUUUUUUUUUCUUUUCUUCUUGUGCCAGGUGCUUGGAGUAGCUUAUCUCUUGGCUGCUAUUCCAGGAAGGACACUGCUGCAUUCAGCCAGCUUCCCUGAACCUCACACUUUCUGGAUUUACAGUUCAGCCACAUAAACCCGAAGGCCAAGGGUUACCCACCCCCCUUGCCCCAAGCACUAACCUGAAGAGUGAUUUCUUAAAAGCAAGUGAAUGCUUUCUGUGAACUUUGUCAAAUGUUUUUCCUUUUAGGAGCUAUUGAAGAAGCGCAGCAUGCUCAGAUCAAAACGCUGCUGCCACAUAGGAAUUGAUACUUUGAGGAAUUUGAAACUUUGCCAGAAGCAAGGAGCGCAUUGUUCUUUAUACAGACACUGGCAAAUGAAUUGAAAUUUGCAACAUGGCUUAAAGCUCUGAAACUUAGAGCCCACAAAUGAGACUUUUAAAAAAAUCUCAGCUGGCAAACUUAACCCAAGGAACAGAACUGUUAACCCCUUGCGAAGUUUCCUGCCAAGCAUCCCCUUUGAGUUAAUAUACCUUAUGUGCAAAUGUUAUCUAUCAAUUUGUUCUGUGCAAUCGCUGCCGUCUUUGUUAUCUCUUCUCUUAACAGGUGGACUUUUGCCAGGAUACCUCUGCAUCCCUAUGAACCAGGUGAAGAGGACCCAGACGUCGCUCCAGCCUUGUUGGAAUGGACCCAAGAUGCCCAACGCCCACCAGACGACCCGACGCCCACCAGACUACAGCCCUGCUAAACGUCGCUCCUGGACGCUGGCGUUUUGCACGGCUCAAGAAUCCAGCAUGGAUUGA